UUCAGCAGUGGUCUUGAUGUCGUCACACGCCCGUUGUGGUCAACUCCAGUAAACGAAAUAAAGUGUAAAUAAAUAAAAAUCAUUCAAGUUUUUGUGAAUAUAUUUUGUGAACAUUUCGGUUGUUUUUUGAUAAUUUUGAUAGAACUAAUUGAAAAAUUAUUAUUUUCGCUAAAUCCGGCGUGUUUAAAGUGAAAAAGCCAUACUGUAAUCGAUCUUGUGAUAUUUUCAACGUUAAACAAUUUGUAGAACGUUUAAAAAAAUUUGCUUUUCUCUUAUUUUUCUUAGAAAGUGACAUUUUCGUGUGAUUUAAUAUAUUAAAGAAUAAUUUUUAAAUAUUGAAAUGAUUUUUGAUAAGUUUCAUGAAUUUAUCCUCGGAGAUACGGAAAGAUAAUCGAGCAUUGUAAUUUCAAUUAAUAUUGUAAAAAAUAUUUACAUUCUUAAAAUAAAAAUAGUACAGAACAAAGUUUGAAAAAUGAAUGGAUUUAGUACUGGUGAAGAAGAUUCUCGGGGGGCAGCUGAUCAGAUUUGUUGUCUUGUCGAUGAAGGUGAAAGAUGCACAAGAGCAGCUGGUAAUGCAUCUUAUAGUAAACGAAUACAAAAAACCGUGACUCAAAGACGUCUAAAACUUAUUUUAGACCACAUGGCAAGACACACUUACAUAUGUGACUAUCAUAAACAAGUGAUACAAUGUGCAAGAUCGAAACAACAACAAAGAAGAAGAAAAGACUCUGAAGAAGAUUCAGGCGAAACUGACAAUGAUCUUCCUGAUGUUGAUCUCUUCCAAUUACAAGUGGGUACACUCCGAAGGUACAAAAGACAUUACAAAGUACCUGCUAGGCCUGGACUAAAUAAAGCUCAACUUGCAGACAUAUUAAUGAAACACUUUAAAACAAUUCCGGUUGCUGAAAAAGAAGCAUUAAGUUUCUUCUUUUACACUGUAAAGACGAAUGCGAAUAAAUUGGAUCAGAAAAAUGGAUUGACUAACGAUACUACAUAACUGAAGGAGUUUUUUGUGAACUAUAAUUUUUUAAACCAUAUUCUUGAAUGAUUAAUUAAUUAUAAAAAUAAUUGUAAUUACAAUAAGUUCACAUUUAGUAAUAUCCAUUGCGAUUAUAUGUUAAUAAGUAUAGU